AUGUUGUAUCGAGAAGAAAAAGUAGUUAAUAUGUUUAAAUUGUUUAGACUUAAAAGUUAUUCUAUAGUUAUUCUUGCUGGGAUAUUAUAUGUGCUCCUUCACAACGUGUCAUUAAUAAAUGAAGAUAAUGGUUUUCAUAUAAUCCCAUUUAAUAAAAUAUUAGGAAGAAAACUAUCUGAAAUCAAUAAUGCAGAUAAACAUUUAAAUCUUUCUGUGUCUUUAGAAAAUGUGAAUGAUUUGGCUAAUAGUACAAAGAAGGAAAUUGAACCUAAACUACAAGAGAUAUUAUCUAAUAAAGAUAAUAAUUUUAAUUUAUUCAAAAAAUAUGAAUCCAUAUUUUCAGGCUUAUAUAAUGAUGAAGUUUAUAAAACUUAUGAACUUUAUUUAUCUGAUAAGAAAAAUACAAAAGGUACAUAUAACAAUUUGAAAGACUUUGAAUAUAAUAAAAAAAUAAAAGAAUUGAAUGAUGAAAGGCUUAAUAAGGAGGAGUUAAGAUAUAUAUGGAUAAAUAUUAAAUCAAAUGAGGAAUAUAAAUAUUUUUAUAUGAUUAAAAAAAUAUAUAAAAUGUUAAUGCAUUUGAAAAUAAAAUAUAAGGAAGAUAAUAUUUUUACAAAUGAUCUUUGGAAGGAUUGUUAUUCAAAAUAUCUUUCUGAAAAAAUAAAUGUAGAACAUUUAUUGAAAGAAAUGUUUAAUGAUUGGUUCGUUCAUGGUCAUAUUAAAUUAGAUGAAUUCAAAAUUAUUGUAUUAGGUACAAAAUUAAUUUAUAGACAAUUAUUAAAUAAUAUUAGUGAAGAAACUAAAGAAAUUAUAAUUAAUGCAGACAAAGGAAAAUUGCAAGAAAAAAAAUUACGAAAUAGUAAAAUAGCGGAAAUGUAUAAAAUUGACUUUGAAAGGAAAAAUGAAGAAAAGAAAAAUAAAAUUUUAAAUUAUUAUUUAAAAAAAAAAAAUUAUUAUCCAGAAAUGAAUGAUAAAAUAUUUAUCAAGGAUAACAAGCAUAUGAGUGAUGUAAAUUAUUAUUUGGAGGGAAAUACGAAUGAAAUUAAAUAUAUAGAUUCUAAUGUUGCUUAUGCUGAGACGGAUUCGUAUGAUACAAAGUUAUUAUUUGAUGGGAAAAAGAAAGAAGAAGACGUAAAAAAAGAAGAAGACGUAAAAAAAGAAGAAGACGUAAAAAAAGAAGAAGACGUAAAAAAAGAAGAAGACGUAAAAAAAGAAGAAGAUAUAAAAAAAGAAGAAGAUAUAAUUAAAGAAAAUGAUGGAAACGUUGGGAUACAAUAUAAUGAAGACGAUGUAGCUCAAACAGGAAAAGAUGGUGUAAAGAAACCAAAUAAAUAUAAUGCUAACAAAUUUGUAGAAAAAUAUAAAAAUAUGAAAGUUCACAAAAAAGAAAAAAAAAAUGAUGUAAACAAAAAAGAAGUUAAUGUAUCUCAUGAUGAAAGUAUGGAAGCACAUUUUGAUGAUACAUUAUCUUAUUCUGAUAGUUUUUUAAAUAGCGAACUUUCUUCAUCAAAGAACGAAGAAUUAUUAGAUGCAGGUGAAACACAAGGAGUUAAACCAGUAAAAAAAAUAACUGACGAAAAUGAUGAUGAUUCUUCUUUAGAGGAUCAAUAUUUUUUUGGUAAUAAACCCAUAGUUUAUGAAGAAGAAAGCGAUGCUGGCGAAACACGUUUUAUCUUUUCAGAUUAUAAACAGUUUAAAAAACAAAUGAAGAAAAAGAAUAAUAGUCGAAGGACCCUUGCCUAG